AUGGCUCACGACGACGAAUUAGUCCCGGAAUCUGUCGAAGGUUACACCGUCGGCGAAAAGAAAACCAUUGACGAGUACACCAAGCUCGAUGCCGAAGACGAGAGUUUGGCCAAGUGGAAGGCUUCCCUUGGUUUAAGUGCCGAUUCAUCCCCAUAUCCAGUCAAGGCUGGCGACAAGAGAACGGUGGUCAUUGUGGAAAUGGCCCUCACGUUCCCUGAAGACGCGUCCAUGCAGCCCAUCGUCAUCCCAUUGGAGGAUGCUAGUGGAAACACCAUCUCCAAGGACAUCAAGUUCACCAUCAAGGAGAAGUCUGUGUACGAGUUGCAGAUCAAAUUCAGAGUGCAACACGAAAUCAUUACCGGAUUGAAGUACUUGCAUUCGGUGAAGAAGGCUGGAAUCCGGGUGGAUAAGUUGGAGGAGCCUUUGGGAUCAUAUGCUCCCAACACCAAAGAGAAGCCAUACUAUGAGAAGUUUCUCGGUGCAGUGGAGGCCCCAUCUGGAAUGUUGGCCAGAGGCUCUUAUUCGGCUGUGACGAAGUUUGUUGAUGACGACAAGACAGAGCACUUGUCGUUCCCUUGGGCUUUCCAGAUUACCAAGUAA